AACUGUAGUACCUUGUCCACCUGAAGUACUUCCUAUAUCUUUUCUCAGAUUGCAUUAGUCGAUACAUGCGGCGUGCCAACCUACCAGGGCUAUAUAAACGAGCGUUUAGAUACGACCCCGGAGAUUCUUGCCACCUGAAUCGUACAUCGACGGCCGUGAUCAUACCUCUUCAGACUUGGCAGACUUGAUGUACCAACUGAUACGAACUCCAAAGAAGUACCAUCAGUACUUUAAGUGGAAGAAUUAUUACACAUACCACAAUAACUUGGAUAACAUUUGCGCGCUAUGUGAGGCGUUGAACAACAGGAAAAGACUUCGAACCCGCGUUUACAAGCAGUUCAGAUCUUGGUGGAACUUCGGCUCUGAUGCAACCUGCCGUCGACCGGACCAUCAUCUAUAAUGACUAUUUUCACGUGAAUCAUCAUCUCCGUAGCGUUAUUCCGUUUUUUACCAGGUCCGAUUACCUAACCUAAAGAUCGGCAGGUCCGGUUUUUAUAAAGAUCAUGAUGGACACAAUCGCUCAGUCGAGUUUUACGACAUAGAGGCCAUGUUUUUUUUUCUUUAUCCCAGUAGUCUCUCUUUUGUCUCCAAUACUACGAAGCGAGAUUAGAAGCAUUGCAAGUAAUGGCUGUAUGAGCAUAAAGCCGUUUUAUUCAAAGAACAAAAAGCAUAUAUUUGACUUUGACAGUCAGUACUGACAACUUACAAACUUAAAAGAUUGUUUAUAAAUCUGUCAAUUCAGUUAACCUAAGUUUUAUCGGUUAUCAGUCAGUCGCUUCGACAGUUUUAUUACUAUGUUGAUUUUGUUUGUGUUCAGUGCACGUGUAAUAAUAAAUAAAUAUUAAUGUAAAAUAGAUAUCUAAAUAUAAAUCAUUUAGCAUUUGUGUAUCAUUAUGGAUUUAGCUGGAAUGACUGCGAAUUUAUCACUUGAUAGCACAAACAACACAAAUGGAACUCAAAAGAAACGAGAAGGCUAUAUUGAUUGGACUGAAUAUUUUAUGGCAAUGGCUGUUUUAGCGGCAAAACGGAGUAAGGAUCCCAGUUGCCAAGUAGGAGCCUGUGUAGUCAACAAGGAUAAGAAGAUUGUAGGGAUUGGAUACAAUGGCAUGCCUUUGGGGUGCAAUGAUGAUGAAUUUCCUUGGGGAAAGAAUACUCCAUCACCUUUAGACAGUAAAUUUUUAUAUGUGUGCCAUGCAGAAAUGAAUGCGAUAAUGAACAAAAACUCGGCUGAUGUAAAGGACUGCACUAUCUAUGUUGGCCGCUUUCCUUGUAAUGAAUGUGCGAAGAUCAUAAUACAGUCAGGUAUUAAAGAAGUAGUAUUCUUGUCAGAGAAGAAUGCACACAACCCAAAGAAUAUUGCUUCAAAGAGGAUGUUUGACGCAGCUGGAGUUGAGUAUUGGCAAUAUAAACCAACACACAAGCAAAUCGUCAUUGAUUUCAAUGUGGACUGGAACCAGAGCCCGUCAAAGUAACUUCAAUAAUAGUAGGAAUACUUAGUAUUAUAAGAGGACUAAUUGCAAACAACUGAUAAUAAUUAAUGAAAUGACACGAAAUUGGAAGUCUUGUCUGAUUUUCAAAUUGUGGGCUUCAGCUAAUAACUACUUAAAUGAUAACAAACAAGCUAUAUAAGGAUAUGUUUCAGGAGAGUCAGUUAUUAUGUUAUCAAAUUGAACCUCUCUACAAUUCUUAAUAUAUUAUACUUGACAUGAUAAAGAAUAAUGUGAUAAUUAUGCAGUCAAUUAUUGUAAGUGGUUGUUACCAUAUAAGGUAUUUUUAUAAAACUUAUGACGAAAUAAAACAAAAAUAUAAAUAAAUUUGUAAAAUAAAAUUUUAUUACUUUAUGUACACGAUGAAUGGGGUACAUAACUCCUAUCAUACAACUUGAAUACAAAAUUAACAUGGCUGUUCUCAAGAAAACUUAAUAAUGUUGAACAUUCGUGUAAAUAAAAAGCAAAAGGGAGUAUUUCCACUGAGCAGGCAAGAACAGUAUUUAAGACUUGUUUCAAGUUUCAAGAUAAAUUUUUAUUAAAUGAAGACGCAUCUAGACUUCAGUUGUCAGAAUGUAACUUCAUAUUAACAAUUUAGUUGUUAUAAGGCAUAAAUAGAAUGUAUGUACAUGCAAUAAAUACUGCGGGGCGCGCCGCUCCGUGGAGACACGGUGUCGUGAUCCACACAACUAAAGUGCACGCUUUAUUCAUGACAAUUUAGAGUAUUCCAAUAUACAAUUAUUGUCCAAACUUUACACAUAUCUACAAAAAAAAAAAUUGAAACCAACAAAACCUGUGUUACGUUUGAGUCCAUUAUACUCGAACUAUUACGACUAUUCUAUCGCCCGUACAGCAGUCAAUAAAUUUCAAGUCGACGAAGACUUCAGAAUUCUAACGAUAUUGUACAAUACAAACUUAAAAAUAAGAAUUAUUUACAAAGCGUACCUCAGUUCAGAAGUCAUAUUGCGUGAGGUUCCAAUAUUUGCCACACAAUUUUUACACAUUUAAAACCAGUCAUUAUUGAAUAA